UUAUAUCGGGAUUGUGGCAGGCAUUCUGGCACUAGGGGGGAACUGACUAUCGGUCACUAACAUCCACAGUGACACUAAUAAAAAGCACUGACACUGUACGAAUGACACUGGGCAGGAAGGGGUUAACAUCUGGGGUGAUCAAAGGGUUAACUGUGUGCUGUGCUGUUUUACAUUAUGUGCUGUGUGUGUGCUUUACUAGGGAGACAUGCUGCUUUGUAUUUCUCUGCUGUGCAGAGAAAUACAAAGCAACACGUCUAGGUGUCUCCCCUGUCAGUUUUCCCCGACGAUCGCCAGGUGCUGACGGGGAAUUGAUAUCCAGG